GAUGGCGUUCAAUGCAUUGGAAUUUUGCAUGUAUUGGCGUGCUGAAGAGUGAUGACUUGACUCUUCUCACAGCGUCGACUUGGUCUAAAUCCUUCCCUCUCUCACUUUCUUUGAUCUUUCUCAUUUCUACAACAACAAAACGCCCCAUCAUUAUUCCAUCAACAUCUCUCUCAACUCUCAACUCUCAACUCUGAAGCCUGCAAAGUGCAAACGCUCCCUCCAAGGCCUUAAUCUUCACUUUCUGCAGAGCUUACCUGUUCUCACUUGAUGCUGAAGUAGCCUAAUCAUGAAUGCAAAGGGACAUAAAUUUGUGAGGUUUGAGGACUGGAAAUCAGAGUCAUCUUUUAGUCCAGAGCAAGAAGAUUCUAUUGACAGUGGGAAUCACAAAAGAAGACCAAGUGUGGGUACUGUUUUAAAGAGUAUAGGAAGAAGGCUUGAGAGUGGGUCGGAGAAGAUGAAGAACUUGAGAAGAGCUUCAGCUGUCCAUCCUGUAAGUGAUGGACAGAAAAAGCUGCCACCUAGGAAGAAAAUUCUUGAUCCACAGGGUCCGGUCCUUCAGAAAUGGAACAAAAUCUUUGUAAUAACGUGUGUGCUGGCUGUCUCUGUGGACCCGCUCUUCUCUUACAUUCCGGUGAUAAAUAAUGAGGAAAAAUGUGUUCAUUUGGAUGGAGCAUUGCAGAUCACUGCCAGUGUUCUUCGCACCUUCUUUGAUCUAUUCUACAUUCUUCGCAUAAUCUUUCAGUUUAAGACAGCAUUCAUUCCCCCUUCUUCUCGUGUUUUUGGAAGGGGUGAGCUCAUUGAUGAUCCUGUGGCUAUAAUGAAAAGAUACUUAACUUCACACUUCAUCAUUGAUAUUCUAUCAAUUAUUCCACUUCCACAGGUGAUUGUUUUAGCCAUAAAUCGAAAUUCGAAAACAUCAGAUCCAUUUGUAGCAAAGGAUUUGUUGAAGUAUUCAGUAUUAAUCCAGUAUGUGCCAAGGCUUUUGCGGAUGUAUCCACUAUUCAAAGAAGUAACUAGAACUUCUGGCAUAUUGACCGAGACAGCAUGGGCUGGAGCUGCUUUUAAUCUUUUUCUCUAUAUGCUAGCAAGUCAUGUGGUUGGAGCUAACUGGUAUAUGCUUUCGGUAGAGUCAGAGUUGCGGUGUUGGCGCAGAGAGUUAAGGAAUGCUUCACUCUAUCAUCGAAAAUACAUGAGUUGUGUAGACCGCAAUCCAAAUGUCUUUACACUUCUCAAUCGAACUUGUUCUUUGGUUGACCCUGACACAAUCAAAGACCCAAACACCUUCAAUUAUGGAAUAUUUUUUGAUGCUCUAGAUUCACGUGUUGUAGAAUCAACAACAGAUUUUCCUCAGAAGUUCUUCUACUGCUUUUGGUGGGGUUUGCGCAAUUUAAGUUCUCUUGGACAAAAUCUAAAGACUAGUACUGAUGUCUCAGAAAUAGCUUUUGCAAUCUUCAUUGCCAUCUUUGGAUUGGUCUUAUUCUCAUUACUUAUUGGAAACAUGCAGAAAUAUCUGCAAUCUACAACUGUAAGAGUGGAGGAGAUGAGAGUGAAGAGACAGGACGCAGAACAGUGGAUGUCCCACCGUAUGCUACCUGAGAACUUGAGGGAAAGAAUUAGAAAGUACGAACAGUACCAAUGGCAAGAAAAUAGGGGUGUUGAGGAGGAGGCAUUAAUUCGUAACCUUCCUAAAGAUCUCAGAAGGGACAUUAAGCGUCACCUUUGCUUAACUUUAGUUAAAAAAGUGCCAAUGUUUGAGAAAAUGGAUGAGCAGUUGUUGGAUGCAAUGUGUGAUAGACUGAAGCCAGUCCUUUAUACUGAGAAGAGCUACAUUGUUCGUGAAGAAGAUCCAGUUGAUGAGAUGCUUUUCAUUAUGCGCGGAAAAGUUUCGACCAUGACAACGAAUGGUGGAAGAACUGGUUUCUUCAACUCCAUGUUCCUCAAGGCUGGUGACUUUUGUGGAGAGGAACUUCUGACAUGGGCUUUGGAUCCCAACUCCUCCUCAAAUCUACCCAUUUCAACCAGGACAGUACAAACUAUGUCAGAAGUUGAAGCCUUUGCUCUCAUGGCUGAUGACUUGAAGUUUGUUGUUUCCCAAUUUCGACACCUUCACAGCAAACAGCUCCAACAGGUUUUCAGGUUCUAUUCUUCACAGUGGAGGAGAUGGGCUGCUACUUUCAUACAAGCAGCUUGGCGUCGAUACUGGAAAAAGAAGAUUGAGAGGUCAUUGCGCGAAGCAGAAGAUGAGCUACAAGAUGCUUUUGCAAAUGAGGAAGGGUCUAGUCUAAGCCUUGGUGCAACCAUAUAUGCAUCAAGGUAAUUUGCUGCCAAUGCACUCGAAAUUUGAGAGAAAAUAGCAGACACAAUAGAAUGCAACAGAGACUACUACCUCUGUUACCUCAAAAGCCAGCUGAACCAGAUUUCACUUCUCGGAAACACUAACUUGCAAAUAGGAAUAAGGACAUGUUAAUGUUAACAUACUCAUGGGAGCCAAAAUUUAUUGUAAUGUAAUUUUUCCUUAAUAUCUAUUUAAUGUAAUGUUAAUUUUUAUUGUUUCUUUGA